GAGCCGUAUGUGAGCUCCGGCAACAGAUGGAGGACACCCAGCACAAAUCUGAAGGGGUGUAGGCUCUGAUGGGGGAGUACGGACCAGCUACCAAACGUGGCUCUCCAAUGAGGAACUGAAACAAAGCUUAGUCGGUCAGACCUCAUUGAGAAUUUCUUGCACUUUUACAUUCUUGGUUGAAUUUUUCUCUUUUUACCUUCAUUUUCCACUGGAGGCCUCAAAAGCCUCGGGCUAGAUUUUGCUUCAGACAGACCCGAGAGCAAGAAGACAUCUGCGGGAUUGUUUGAAAAGUCUCGUAAAAGUAUUUGCCAGAAACUUACGUUUUGAAUUCGUCUCAUGUAUAUUUUUUUAAGUCGAUAGUGUUCACACGAUAGAAAAACGUGUAAUAAAAAAAAGUUAAGGAGACAGUUGGCUACCUUGCUAUGAUGCUAUUUAGCUAGCUAACGUUACCGAGCAGCUACACUCAUCUUGAAUGAAUGAAUUGAACCCUGCAUUUAACUAACAACUGCUAGUUUUUAUUGCUAGAACACGUCGAAUAUUACAUGAGACUACUCCGAUUUUAUACUACAGGGUGAGCCUGAGUGGCUAACUCUUCUUUGACUCUUACACUUAUACCCUCAACUGGACAGGAAUGCGAUCCCAGGGAGUUGGCGGACAGCGGCGAUUUAGCACGCAAAGAUAGUCCCAAUACUGAGAAAAGCCUGGUAAUGUGUAUGAAGCAGAAGGAGGCUAAUUUGAGCUAGCUACACAUAUUUGCACUACUUGGACUUGGCUGGAAUAGUGUGGAGCUUUAUCCCGACUCAGAAUGGGAAACACGGUGACAUGCUGCGUCUCUCCCGAGUCAAGCCCCAAACUACCGUCGAGACAACCGGCGGAGCGGCUGGAGGAGCUGGAGACCAGCACGGAAGUGAGCGAUGAUAACACCUUGCCCUACCUGCAGCAUAUCAGCGACAGAGAGGUCCCUGACGAGCUGGCCUUUGAGUCUAACCCGUCUGACCACGCCCGAGCGAGCACUAUCUUCCUGUACAAGUCCCAGACAGACGUACGAGACAAGAGGAAAAGCAACCACAUAAACCAUAUCAGUCAUAUAUCUCCUGGUCAACUGUCAAAGAAAUACAGCUCCUGUUCAACUAUCUUCAUAGAUGACAACACCGUCAGCCAGCCAAACCUCAAAAGCACAAUCAAAUGUGUCACGUUAGCAAUAUACUACCACAUCAAAAACAGGGACUCGGACAGGUCACUGGACAUUUUUGAUGAGAGGUUGCACCCCUUAUCAAAAGAGCCAUUGCCAGAUGACUACUCCCGUGUGGACCCAGAACACAAAGUGAUCUACCGCUUCGUCAGAACGCUCUUCAGCGCUGCACAGCUCACUGCAGAAUGUGCCAUUGUUACUCUAGUGUACUUGGAGCGCCUGCUUACCUACGCUGAGCUGGAUAUCUGCCCCUGUAACUGGAAGCGCAUUGUCCUGGGAGCCAUCUUGCUGGCCUCCAAAGUCUGGGAUGACCAGGCUGUGUGGAACGUCGACUACUGCCAGAUCCUCAAAGAAAUCACCGUGGAGGACAUGAAUGAGAUGGAGCGCCAAUUCCUGGAACUUCUCCAGUUUAAUAUCAACGUGCCAGCCAGUGUCUAUGCCAAGUACUACUUUGAUCUGCGGCAGCUGGCUGAUGACAACAACCUCAACUUCCCUCUGGAGCCUCUCGACAACCAACGCGCCAAGAAACUAGAGGCCAUUUCAAGACUUUGUGAAGACAAGUAUAAGGAUCUGUGUAAAGCAUCGAUGAGGCGAUCCUGCAGCGCAGACAACCUGAUCGGUGUGCGACACACCAACGCUGUGCUGUCGUAGGCCGACUGCUGCCCUCAUCUCAAACCCAGAGACCCCACAGCCAGCCCGGAACAAACCUCCCAGGCUCCACUCAUCCUCAUCAGGCAGGAGGCAGACAUGUUUCUGUACGAUCUGCCCAAACAAUUAUCUGCAUUACGGCUUGAGAGCUGCAUGACUGCAAAAUUACACUUGAAAUUGGUGUUAACUUAAAACUAUUGUUUUCACAGUCCCUUAUUUAUUUCAUACUUGUCCCUUAUUUCUCAGAGAAAGUGUUAAGUAGGACUGCUCUACUGCAGUUAUCUCUGAGGACUAGUCUUUGUUUUGUCAUAAAAGUGUAAUUUCUUUCCCCCAAAAUAAUAUUUGAUUUAUUCCAUUCAUCCUGGCAUUAUUCUGUUAGUCACUGGAACUCCAUGAGAAGACAAAAAACAACAAUUAUCACAAACAUGAUUUGAGUCCAACAAGGUCUCUCAAACAAUACACAAACAGGAGGAAACAGUGCAUUUGUUGGACUAAUUUUAUUGGUGGAUUAAUACAAAAAAUUGUAUUAGAUUGUGUAUUGACUCAAGAUAAACAGUGUACGAUACACAACAACUAAAGUGUGUGUUCAUAGUAAUGAAGGAACAUUCCACCCAGUGCGACAGAGUGUGUCAUCGAGGUGUGUUCAUAGUUUUUGUCAGAGAUGCAGGUUAUCAGCUGGUCUUUUUUUGUCAAACACACAAUGUCGUAAGUGAAUUCAAGAGAUUAAGGAAUCAUGAGGUCACUCUCAAACCUUUGUUGUCUUUUGAUAUUUGAUCAGGUCAAAUGCAAAAACUGUUCCUUGUAAAUGACAGGUAAUACCAAAAGUUAUUUUUGAGAGUGUAACAAAAGACUUGUUUACUGUUAAUAACAGUGGUGUUUGAUACUAUUUCAGUAUAUUAUCUACACGUAUACAUUUGGAUGGAGCACAAAGCAUGUCAAAGUAUUAAACUAUAAAUAUUGCACAGGAUUGGGCUGCAGUACGCCAACCUUCAGUCAGCUGUUGUCUUUUUGUAGUGUGUUUUGGAUUUUGGAGUGCCAAUCUGGGGUCAGUUACACUUUCCAGAUCAGUAUUGUUACCGUUUGGCUCGAUACAGCAGUUAGGUUGAAAUAAUGACUAAAUCUAGAUUGGGUCCAGUCUGUCCACCCUCAGUAUUGUGCCCCCUCUGCCAUCCUGACCCCUCCUCAAAGAGCCCGUAGACAGAUUACCAACAUUGUUUUUUCCCAGGCCCGGAUCAGAGCUUUCAAACAAACUACAUAGAUGUUGAGGGGGGGGGAACACUGAUGGAUACUCCCCUCCUUUUUGCUUACUAUGUAGGCUAUCUAGCUGUGAAAUGUGUCUUGUUUUUAAUUGAAAAAAACAUUUGCAGAUGGAGUAUUUUAAAUAAACACUAAUCAUAUAACAAAGAA